AUAUUAUGCGACUACGUUCAACCCUGGUUCUACCUUACAAACAAAUGGUUCAACGGAAUAAAGUACAGAGUUAGUUACAAACUAGCUAGUAGUUACUAAGCCUCUAGUGUGGACGCAACCCUACCCUGUAAGCUACCAAAGUUAUGGUAAUAAUGGAGCACAAUGACUGUUGCCGUUUUUGUGGGAAAAAAAUGAGAAUUGCGGGCGUGCUUGUACAUUCAUCAAGCAUCUUCGAGAAACGACACACGUCGAGUAUUGCCGAGAGACUGCGGCAUAUUGGAGUGGCGGUAAUUAAAACACCGGCAAAGUCGAACAGGAUUUGUCAGCGGUGUCUCACCCUUUUAUCGAGACUGGAACGUGACUUGCCGGUGUAUUGGAGAUGGGUGGAGGAUGAGAAGAACGAGGAAACCUCCGCUGUAGAAACCAUGACAGCUCGCCUCAAACGUGACUCACAGCGGCCGUCCGAUGGUUCGGGACACGGGUUCUGUCUCUCUGGCGGUUCGGGAGCGUGUGAGGCGAUCAAAAGGCCUCGUGUGGUUCUGAGCGCUCAUGAGAAGGACUCGCUGCGAGCGGCGUAUGAGCUGGAGCCGUACCCGUCUCAACACACCAUCGAGAGGCUGGCGUCACAGCUAGCGCUUCAAACUAGCACUGUCAGUAACUGGUUCUACAACUACAGGUCCAGAAUUAGGCGAGAUGAUUUAACCGAACCAGUACAAACCAGAACAGUUCAAAGUCCAGCCAGUUCAAGUCCAGUUUCAAGCGGUUUAUUCUCGAUCAAACAAGAAGCCUGUGAUCCUGAGAUGGAGGACACACACCAACACACGUGUGUUUCUGUGGCCGUACAGGCCGUCACUAAAGCUGAAGAUCUGGACGAGCUUGUGUAAUGAACGAAUAAACAAACGAAUUAUUGACUUAUCUUUUUUUUUUAUUACAUUCAUACAGAAAAAGUGAAUCCUAAUUGAGCAAAUGUCUGUUUUUUUUUUUAUUAUGGCUGAAUUGUUUGUUUGAUAAAUUCUCAUGUCAGUUCACUUUGACGGUUUGAGGACUAAAGAAUGUGAAAGCGAAUAAAAGUCCCUUUUGGUGACUGAAAUAAUUGGAUUCUUAUUUUUACUUUUCAUUUGUAUUUGUUGUGAUGCUGAUAAAAGCCUUUAAAUAAAUAAAUGUGUUGAGAUUUACAAAUAAAUUAAA